AUUCUGCCACAACCUCGGAGUUGCACCAUUUGACUGCUUCGAGUUCCCGUAGCUACGCUCUCUGAGGUCUGAGGGUAGUGCUUCCGGGCCGCAGCCUAGGACGCCUCCGCGGCGGUGCCUGGGCAGCAUGGCCGUAUUCCGCUCUGGCCUCCUGGUGCUGACAACGCCGCUGGCCACCCUGGCCCCACGCCUGCCUCCCAUUCUAACCUCGGCGGCCCGCCUGGUCAAUCACACUCUCUAUGUGCACUUGCAACCGGGCAUGGACCUGGGGGGCCCCGCCCAGCCCCAGGCCAGCCCUGUGCAGGCCACUUUUGAAGUUCUGGAUUUCAUCACGCAUCUCUACAGCGGCGCCGACCUGCUCAGGCACCUGGACGUCAGAAUUCUACUGACCAAUAUCCAGACCAAGAGCACUUUCCUCCCUGUUCUGCCCUCAGUCCAGAAUCUGGCCCACCCUCCAGAAGUAGUACUUACAGACUUCCAGACCUUGGAUGGGAGCCAGUACAACCCUGUUAAACAACAGCUAGAGCGCUAUGCCACCAGCUGUUACAGCUGUUGUUCGCAGUUGUCUUCUGUCUUGCUGUACCCGGAUUAUGGAACUGGAGAGCUGCCUGUGGAGUCCCUGAAUGCCCCCUUACCCUCCUCCACCAUAAGGCCAGCUUCCCCGGUUGCCAGAUCGCCAAAGCAGCCUGUGCGUGGCUACCGCCGUGGGGCCGUGGGUGGCACUUUUGACCGCUUGCACAAUGCCCACAAAGUGUUGCUCAGUGUUGCAUGUGUACUGGCCCAGGAGCGGCUUGUGGUGGGAGUAGCAGACAAAGAUCUGCUGAAGAGCAAGUUGCUCCCUGAGCUGCUGCAGCCUUAUGCAGAGCGUGUGGACCAUCUGAGUGAGUUCCUGGUGGACGUCAAGCCCUCCCUGACUUUUGAUAUCGUCCCCCUGCUGGAUCCCUAUGGGCCUGCUGGGUCUGACCCCACCUUGGAGUUCCUGGUGGUCAGCGAGGAGACCUACCGUGGGGGGAUGGCCGUCAACCGCUUCCGCCUUGAGAAUGGCAAGGAGGAACUUGCCUUAUACCAGAUCCAGCUGCUGAAGGACCAAAGUCAUAGUGAAAAUGAAGAGGAUAAGGUCAGCUCUUCCAGCUUCCGGCAGCGGAUUCUAGGAAACCUGCUUCGGGCUCCAAAUCAGAGGCCCGAGAUCCCGUCAGGGCUCUAUGUGCUCGGGCUGACGGGCAUCAGCGGUGCUGGGAAAAGCUCAGUAGCCCAGCGGUUGAAGAACCUGGGUGCAUAUAUCAUUGACAGUGACCAUCUGGGCCAUCGGGCCUAUGCUCCUGGGGGCCCUGCCUACCAACCUGUGGUGGAGGCCUUUGGAACAGAUAUUCUCCAUAAAGAUGGCACCAUCAAUAGGAAGGUCCUGGGCAGCCGGGUGUUUGGCAACAAGAAGCAGAUGAAGAUCCUCACAGAUAUUGUGUGGCCAGUUAUCGCGAAGCUGGCUCGAGAGGAGAUGGAUUUGGCUGUGGCUAAGGGAAAGACAGUGUGUGUGAUUGAUGCUGCUAUGCUGCUGGAAGCCGGCUGGCAGAAUAUGGUACACGAGGUGUGGACCAUUGUCAUCCCCGAGACUGAGGCUGUACGACGCAUUGUAGAGAGGGAUGGACUGAGCGAAGCAGCUGCUCAAAGCCGGCUACAGAGCCAGAUGAGUGGGCAGCAGCUGGUGGAGCAAAGCCAUGUGGUUCUGAGCACCUUGUGGGACCCACGUGUUACACAGCAACAGGUGGAAAAAGCCUGGACUCUUCUACAGAAGCGCCUCCUUAAGACCCAUCAGACCAAGAACUGACAGCGAAUGUUCUGUGGCGUCAAACUGCCCCGCUCCCCCCUCCCCCCCAGCUAACAAAUCCAGUGGUGAGGAGGAGUGGGGGCCUCCAUGUUCCCCCUAUGGCAGGCCUAAGAGGCUUCUAGCUGAGCUGUGCAGGACACAGAGAGAAGCCCGGAAAUCUGCCUAGAUGCUGGAAUUUGGCCGGCAGGACAGCUAAAUGGAGGAAUAGACCCCUCUAGGGUUCUGCUCCCUUUCCAGUGGCGGAUGUGUGAUGUCUGCCCACUGUUGAUGGGUCGCGCUGAAACACUGGACCCAGUCACCGAAUUAAAGAUGUUUCCAGUGC